CCACCUUCAACUCACGCCCGCAUACACUGAUCCUCCAGCCUGCAUUCAUCCAAUCGACCACCCAUCAGAAUGGCCUCUCAGCCGUGGGAAGCUAGAGCUGCUGCUAAACGUGCCGACACGCUCAACAAAAUCUGCUUGCAAUGGAGACUCAGCGCUGAGGAUGUGAAACGUGCUUCCGAGCAGAGAAACCUCACAGGACCAUUUAUUCAAGGAUUUCUCAGUCAGCAAGAGAUAUCUAUCGUUUCCAUGGACAGCGUACCGAUCGUCAAAGAAAUCAAAGAAGGGCAGCUUACCAGUGUCCAGGUUACCACAGCGUUUUGCAAGGCUGCUGCCAUUGCGCAUCAGAUCAACAAUUGUCUUCAUGAGAUCUUUUUCGAUGAAGCCCUGAAACGCGCCAAGGAGCUUGACGAGCAUUACAGGAAGCAUGGUACCACGUUGGGACCGCUUCACGGGCUACCAGUCAGCUUGAAGGAUCAGUUUCACGUCAAAGAUGUCGAUACAACGACCGGCUACGUGGGCUGGAUAGGGGGCAAUAUGGGUAUCAAAGACCCUUGCCAGGCUCACAAAGUCGAGAGCCAGAUGACCAGAGAGCUACUUUCCCUGGGAGCUGUCCUCUACUGCAAGACCAGCUGUCCCCAGACGCUUUUCCACGUAGAGACCAUCAAUCACAUCAUCGGCCAGACUCUCAACCCAAAUAACCAAAACCUCUCAUGCGGAGGCUCCUCCGGGGGCGAAGGGGCCUUGAUAGCACUUCGAGGCAGCACACUCGGCGUGGGCACUGAUAUCGGCGGAUCGAUAAGGAUACCAGCUGCGUUCAACGGCGUAUUCGGAUUAAAGCCAACGCCGGGGAGGCUCUCCUCGCGAGGAAUGGCCGAAACAAACCCCGGCCAGACCACGUACAGGGCGACAACCGGAUUCUUGAGCACGUCGCUCGACGGCAUUGAACUCCUACUCAAGUCAGUUCUAUCAACACAGCCUUGGAUCCAGGAUCCAGUUGUGAUUCCGAUGCCUUUCCGCCAGGAAAUCUUUGAUGAGAAUCUCAGGCGCGCUCAGCCUAGUGGGACCGCAUGCAGUGGGCGCCUUCCGCUGAAGCUUGGGAUUAUGUGGACAGAUGGUCUCGUUCAACCUCACCCUCCCAUAUCGCGAGGCCUCCGCAUGGUUGCUGAUGCCCUAGAAAAGGCCGGCCAUAAGGUUGUGAAUUGGGAUCCACCGUCACAUGUGACCGCCAAGGACAUUCAUCUCUCAAUCAUCAUGUCCGAUGGGACGGCAGACAUUCACAAGCACCUAGAGCCGUCCGGGGAGCCCCUUAUUCACGAGCUCGCCAGUCGCGGUAUGCGACUCCGCCCACCCAUUGGCCUGCUAGAUUUUCAAGACCUCACAUUGCGGGGAUUGGACUUUGAGGCGAAGUAUUCGGAUUACUGGAACUCCACCAUUGACAAAGAUGGUCAAGUCGUCGAUGCUUUCAUUAUGCCGGCUGCCCCCCAUGCAGCGGUGAUCCCUGGGACCUUCAGUCAUAUCGCAUACACCGAGUCUCUAAACCUGCUCAAUUACAGCGUGGCGGUGAUUCCUGUCACCAAGGCUGACAAAAGUCUUGACCCCAUUGAUACAAAUUACAAGCCCCGUGGCAAGGCUGAUCGUAGCAACUGGGAGGCCUAUGACCCAGAUGUCUACGACGGCGCCCCAGUAGGGCUUCAGAUCGUGGCUAGAAGGUUCGAGGAGGAAAAGGUUCUAGCCGUCGCAAAGAUCAUCCACAGGGCCCUGAAACAAGUACAGAGUGGCCUCGCGCUCGGGGGUUCUCAGUCCGACGCGGACAUUCCCAGUCGGCUCUGAAGGUGCAAGUUGACUUGACUGCCAAACUGGACACGUUGUCACAUGAGCUGCCUCAUCUCCGGAUCAGCUUUAUUCUUUAUAAUAAAAAAGUAUUUUAGCUUCAGAGACGGAAACAUACUGCAAGGAACUCGGGCAUUGAGAAUUUAGACGGGACAAUGGAUCCAGUUUGCUUAUUUGUGCGACGGCGAGGGGCACGAAACGAUGUGGAGAAUACACCGAAGAUUACACCAUAGCUGGUAACUUUUUACCUGACAA